AUGCGUUGCUGUGUCCCAAAUUGUAAGAAUGAUUCUCGACAUAUUUCUAAGUCGCAAGGAAUUACUUUUCAUGUAUUCCCCACGGAGCCAUCGCUCCGGAUAUCCUGGCUCAAAGCUCUGGGCAAAGAGUCCUGGCAGCCGAAGGAGAGGAGUGCCGUGUGCUCCGAGCACUUUCACUGGGACGACCUGUAUGAAACUAAGAGCGGACUGAGGAAGGUCAGGUCAGGUGCAGUGCCUGUAAUGUUCAAGGAGGAAAAUAUUGAAGCUUCAACCAGUUUGAAGGUUUGCAGAAUAUGUCUUGACAUGAACUGCAAGCUGAUCCCCAUCAGGAAGUACAGGCUGGAGUCGGCCUACGAGCUUUUAACCGGAUUAAGGCUGUGCGAGGAGGCCGCCCUGCCGCAGAGACUGUGCUGCGAGUGUGCGCAGAGGUUGAUCUCCUGCGACCGCCUGCGCGAUAGGAGCCUGCGCGCCCACUCGCUGAUGAUGCAGAUACUGCGCAGUCAGGACACGAUCACGGCGCGGAGCAUCCAAGCGAUCGACCGCACGGCCAACCGUCUCGUGUCGAACUUGACGACGAAACACUACGAGGCCGAUCACUGCGACCUCAGCCUGCAGUACGCAGAACCGCCCCAGGAAAUGGCCGACCAGGCGACAGCCCCACCGCCUGUGGACCUGGUGACGGUCUUCCCCCAAGCGGACCUCGAGGCGGUGGUGAAGGAGGAGGACUCCAAUGAAAUAUACCUCAGCGAGGGCGAAACGCCGAUAGAACCCGACGAUGGGCACCGAGGGGAUCUCUCAGAUGACAGCGCACCCCCAGAGGGGCGGCGAACGCGCGCGAAGAAGCACAGAGCGGCGAAGAAGAAUAGAGCGGCGAAGAGGAGGGCGGUGGAGAAGAAGCAGCCGGCCGAGCCGAAGGUCGACAGGAGACGGAAGCCGUUCCUGAACGACGACCUCAACGAGACUCUGUUCACGAUAACGGACCUCACCCACGAGGAGCAGGUAGCAGAGAUACAGAAGAGGCGCGAGUCCUCAAACUACAAGAACUCCGUUUUCAAGUGCACUGCCUGCUUCAAGGGUUUCCUCGACGAGGACGCCUACAACGGCCAUAUGACCAGGCACACGGAUCAAUGCGGCGAACACGAGUGCGGUAUAUGCAAGACCCACUUCAAGCAUCCGCACGCUCUCAGGAAACACGUGACCGCCCACCACACGCAGCGGUUCAGCUGCAACCAGUGCCCCUACGUCACCACGCAUCGGCAGACGGCGCGACUACACGAGAGGUGGCACAAAGGCACCAAGUACCAGUGUCCGCAUUGCCAGGACGAGUUCGUCAAGUUCACCACGUACAUGGGCCACAUACGGAUCAAGCACCCGUCGGACUUCGUCUGCGAGCUGUGCGGCUACUCGUUCGUGAGCGAGAAAGGGAUAGAGCUACACAAGAAGCUGAAACACCGCCUCGAGAGCGACAAGGUGCCGGAAGACGGGCCCUACUGCAGCCUCUGCAGCGUCAGAUUCGUCUCGACGGAGGCGUACAGGCGGCACUUGCACGUCUCCGCGAGGCACAGCGCCGCCGACGGCGAAUCGAAGGAUCCCGACAAACCCAAAAAGGGAAGGAAGUCGAGAGAUGUGAAAGACAGAGAGAAGAGAACGAUGGACAAGAGUAGAGAUUCGAGUGAGAAAAGGAAGUUGUAUCCUAGUCAACUCAGAAAAGUGGAGGGGCCCAUACCUUGUGAGCAGUGCGGUCUGCAACUGGAGGACUCUAGGGCGUACCACGGCCACUUCAGGCGAAUGCACCCGGACAAGAAUCGAACCAACUACCCCUCGAUGAAGUCGCCGUGCAUGUGCGAGCUGUGCGGCCGGAUGUUCCAGAGCCACGCGCUGCUGAAGGACCACCGCUGGGUGCACACGGGCGAGCGUCCGUUCGCGUGCGACUUGUGCGGCAAGGCGUUCCGCAUGCGCCAGCGGCUCGUCGCCCACCGCAGGGUGCACGCGCAGCGCAGGGCCACCUACGGCUGCGCGCUCUGCGGCAAGCACUUCUCCACCAACAGCAACCGCCAGCGGCACAUGUUUCAACCGCAGGGGCACAUGUUUGUGAGUCCCGCCGCGUACGCAUACACGCACACUAGCGAACUAGUAAACCACAUACUCGCUCCCCAACGCUUCACCAACAGCAACCGCCAGCGGCACAUGUUUAUCCACACGGGGCUGAAGCCGUUCGCCUGCGAGAUGUGCGGCAAGUGCUUCAAGCACGCGAGCGAGAAACGCGCCCACGUGGCGUACGUGCACCUCAAGAAGCCCUGGCCUAAAAGGGCCCGGGCCAAGCGGCCCGAGAGGCAGGGACAACAACAGCAGCAGCCGACGCUGGCGGCGGGCGCGAGCGAGAUGGCAAUAGCGCCGCAGCUCUGGCCCGCGUGCGAACAGAAAAUCGCCGAGGCGCCAAUGAUGGGGGACAAGCAGAUGUACUACAACAUCAAGAUA